CCGGCUCUGCUGCGUUACCCGUACCAUAAUGGCGGCGUGCUUCACACAGCGGGUGGUACUCCUGGCGGCUGUCUGUGCUCUUCUCAUCAGUCUCUCAGCUGCCAUAGACUACCAUGGACCCUUACUCUCGAAAUUAGCUGCUGCCGAGCAACUGAGUGAAGGGGCGCCCCGAGCUCCUCGGGCGGCCUUUGGCCCACCGUACGGGGGCGGCUUCGGCGGCGGUCGUCACCACCCGGGCUUCGGAGGCGGUUUCCACCAGCCCGGCUGCGUUCUCUGCGGCGGCGGAAGACCCGGCGGCAUCUCUGGCUCCUUCAGCAAGUCCAGCAGCAGCUCCUCCAGUGGAUCUAUCAACUUUGGUCGAAAGAAGUAAAGUAACAGCCGCGACUUCGAGAAACGCAACGCCCAACUUUUAACAGCUCAUUUCAUUUCAUUGAAACGCACUCUCUAAAUAAAGACAGUUCUCACUGUGAAAAA